AUGGGUGAUGCUGCCAUGGCAGAGUUUGGGCCAGCAGCUUCUUAUCUCAGGAAGUCAGAUAAGGAGCGUCUAGAGGCCCAGACCCGACCCUUUGACAUGAAGAAGGAGUGCUUUGUACCUGACCCCGAGGUCGAGUACGUCAAGGCAUCUAUCACCAGUCGAGAUGGUGACAAAGUCACUGCUGAGACUGAGUUUGGAAAGGUAAGUACAUACAAAUAUUUGUUAUCAAUUCAAUUUUUUUCAUUUUACUAUUGACUUUAACAUGGAUGUAGUCUCAGCUACAUCAUCCAGCCAUUUCUUAAGAUGAGUUUUGAAGCCUGUCAACAGCAGUUGCCUUUUUGGAAGACUUAAUCUUAGUUUUGGUCAAUCCAGUUGAGGCAAAGAGGUUGAGUCAAGGCUGGCCCUUUAGCCUCCUUGCAAACAGCUGCUGUGUGUUUAAAUCUGUACAUAAAAAUAAUUGUCUUUGCUGUAUAGAUGGGCUUUUUGGAAUGAGUGUAUGCAGUUUUCAUUGCUUCAGCAGCCAGUUUCUAGUUGACAUUCUAGUUGGCAGUUUUCUCAACCUCUUUCCACAUUGGCUUAUUUUUCUUUAGGUGUGUGAAAGUGUUGAGCUUUGACUAAAGAACAUGUAUCUUCCUCUACAGACUGUGACAGUGAAAGAGAGUGAUGUAAACCCUCAGAAUCCGCCAAAGUUUGAUAAAAUCGAAGACAUGGCCAUGUUCACCUUCCUUCAUGAACCAGCUGUGCUGUUUAACCUCAAAGAGCGUUAUGCAGCAUGGAUGAUCUAUGUAAGACAACACUACCCUUACUUUUUUAAUGACACAUCUUAGCAUCUCGGGCAACUGUCCCUUAUCCUUUUCUUCAUGUGGCAGACCUACUCUGGGCUCUUCUGUGUGACUGUCAACCCCUACAAGUGGCUCCCAGUCUACAACCAAGAAGUGGUGGUUGCCUACAGAGGAAAGAAGAGGAGUGAAGCUCCUCCUCACAUCUUCUCCAUCUCUGAUAAUGCUUAUCAGUACAUGCUGGCAGGUCAUUACUUGAACUUGUUAAAUAUUUUACUCUGUCAUCAUUCUGUCCAUUUCACUGACAAUCUCAAAACCUCUCUUUAUGACAGACAGAGAAAACCAGUCAAUCCUCAUUACGUAAGUCACACACACACACACACACACACACACACACACACACACACACACACACACACACACACACACACACACACACACACACACACACACACGGCUGAUAAAAUCCUCUUCAGCAGUUUUCGGUUUCAGGUACAGUUCUCUUUCUCUUUCACUCAGCGGAGAAUCUGGUGCUGGAAAGACCGUCAACACCAAGCGUGUCAUUCAGUACUUUGCCAGCAUUGCUGCUGCCCCAGGUGGGAAGAAGGAUCAGGCUGCUGAGAAGAAGGUAUGUACUGCAGUAACACUGUGUACUGCAGAAUAAAGCAACAAGAAUAAAGCAAAAUGUGCAUAGACACACUGUUGUUUUGUCUUUAUUUACCAAUGUCAGGGUACUCUGGAGGAUCAAAUCAUCCAGGCUAACCCUGCACUGGAGGCUUUUGGGAACGCCAAGACCAUCAGGAAUGACAACUCCUCCAGAUUUGUGAGUGUCUGAGUAGCUGCGUUUUGGUGGCUUGCUAUUCAUCAGUUCAGCCAGCAUUUCUCUUACAUCAGAAAUAUAAAUAAAAACUUUUUUCUUCACAGGGAAAAUUCAUCAGAAUCCAUUUUGACAACCGAGGAAAGCUGGCCUCUGCUGACAUUGAGACUUGUAAGUGAGAAAAAAAAAAAAGGACGCACCCUUUUUUUUGGAUUCUCAACAAUUGUUAUUCUUUGUGGAGUUCUGUAGAGCUGCAGGCAAUCACAGUACAUGUGAGAGGCAAGGUAGGCUACCAGGGAUAAUUGGGUCACCGGUUUCAAGGUAAGCAAUGUCAUGGUUUUAGUCGUACAUAUUACGUCAGCAAAAAUGCAUGUGGUAGAGAGGCCAUGAUCAGCUGUGGUUAGCUUGCAAAGAGCCUGUCAAGCUUUUUGUUGAGCUGUGCCCAAGAAAGAGGGACUUUUGUGUGAGUGCACAAAGAAAAAGACAAAGAAACAAUCCUGAGUAAAGAUAAAUGACCCCACAAAGAUAUCACACUCAAACUCCACACAGGAGGGCUGUUUCCAACAACUCACUGACACAAUGCUGUGAUUGUCUUUCCAAUGUGAUGUAAAUGUUAAAGGGUAAAUACAACAGAAAAAAAAAUGGAAUAAAAUAAAAACAAUACAUAUAUAUCAUUUGGGAAUUGGUCAACUCUGAACCUUUUUGUUUUGGCAAAUGCAUUAUGUGUUUGUAAUCUGUUAAAAAUGUAUCACAACAUGCAGAAGGGAAAAUCUAGGGGUACUGCGCACACAAAAAGUAAAAAGAAAAUCUAAUAACUACUUUCACAGACCUCUUGGAAAAGUCUCGUGUGACCUAUCAGCUAAAAGCUGAGAGAGACUACCACAUUUUCUACCAGAUCCUGUCUCAGCAAAAGCCUGAGCUUCUAGGUAAGAUUUCUGGGUAAGAGUGUGCUAUACAUGGGUGAUAAGUUUAUUACUCCAACAAUGUAUAAUGCAUUUUUCUACUUAACACACAACCUUCCAGAAAUGUUGCUCAUCACCAACAACCCCUAUGACUACGCCUUCAUCUCCCAGGGAGAGACAACUGUAGCCUCUAUCAAUGAUUCUGAGGAGCUGAUGGCCACUGAUGUAAGUUUAAACUUUUUUCAGUCACAUUAAUUCAUCCUGAAUUCUGCCAGUAUUCAUUUUGUAAUUUCUCUUAGGACGCAUUUGAUGUGCUGGGCUUUACUCAAGAAGAGAAGAACAGCAUUUACAAGCUGAUUGGAGCCAUCAUGCACUACGGAAACAUGAGGUUUAAGCAGAAGCAGCGAGAGGAGCAGGCAGAGGCAGAUGGCACUGAAGGUAAGAUGUCAUCAAAUGUUCUCUGGGGUGAAUAUGAAGUUUACAUCAAAUAGAGGCUUUUUAAAAAGGAUCCCUUUUUUUACACAUCAUAUUGUAUCACAAAAUGCAAGGUACAGCUUUUGGAUCAGUGGUAUUUUUUCUUUUUUUCCCCUCACUAUUUUAAAGUUGCUUGGUGUCAUGCAUUAUGUUUCUCAACACUUCAUACUUGCAGUGUGACAAAAAACCCUAUAGAUAUAAAAACACAACUAUUUGGGUAACACGUCUGUUUUAGAUUAAAAGGCAGAAAUGUAUGCAUAUAUGACUUGUCUUUUAUCUCCCCCUCUUCAGAUGCUGACAAAGUUGCAUACCUGAUGGGCCUGAACUCUGCUGACCUCAUCAAAGGUCUCUGCCACCCAAGGGUCAAAGUAGGAAAUGAGUGGGUCACCAAGGGACAAAAUGUUGCCCAGGUAAUGAACUGAAAUAAACCUUUGAAGGAUAGUUGUACUGAAAUAAAAACUUCUCAAGAUUAUUGUUUUCUUCCUAAGGUGUAUUAUGCAGUUGGUGCACUGUCUAAGUCAGUGUAUGAGAAGAUGUUCUUAUGGAUGGUGGUGAGGAUCAACCAAUCCCUGGACACCAAGCAGCCUCGCCAGUACUUCAUUGGUGUGCUUGACAUUGCUGGAUUUGAAAUCUUUGAUGUGAGUCUAAAAAGGAAACAUAGUGCCCACAAACAUGAUGAAUAUUGCUGCUUAAUAUUUUAAUGCCCAAGUUAUUUUUUUUUUUUACUUCGGUUGUUAUUACAGUUUAACACCUUUGAGCAGCUGUGCAUCAACUUCACCAACGAAAAACUGCAACAGUUUUUCAACCACCACAUGUUUGUGCUGGAGCAGGAAGAGUACAAGAAAGAGGGCAUAGAAUGGGAGUUCAUUGAUUUUGGUAUGGACUUACAGGCCUGCAUUGACCUGAUUGAAAAGGUGAGCUGUUGGUACUCAUGAGGCAAAUAAGCUAAAUGUGUGCUUAACUAACAUCACCCAAAGAUUUACAGUUUUACUUCUUGAAAACAAAGCUUAAUUAAUUGACUUAUUCCCCCAUUUUUUAUAUUCCUUAGCCAAUGGGUAUCAUGUCCAUCCUUGAGGAGGAGUGCAUGUUCCCAAAAGCCUCUGAUGCCACUUUUAAAGCCAAACUUUACGACAACCAUCUGGGGAAGUCCAAUAACUUCCAAAAGCCCAGAGUCGUCAAAGGCAAACCAGAGGCCCAUUUCUCCCUGGUUCAUUACGCUGGAACAGUGGAUUAUAAUAUCAACAACUGGCUGGUGAAGAACAAGGAUCCUCUUAAUGAGACAGUGGUUGGGCUUUUCCAAAAGUCAAAUCUCAAGCUAUUAGCCAUGCUCUUUGCUGGAUAUGCAGGAGCUGAUUCUAGUAUGUUAACAUUCAAUACUGAUGUGUUUGUACAUUUUCCAAAAUAAAACAUUAAAGGGACAGUAUAAUCAUGAAUAAUGUUUAACAUAGGUUUGAUUAUUUUUUGGAUUUUGUAAAGUGUCCUUACAAUGACAUGUCCUUUUUUUUUAAUCAUUUAGCUCAAGAGUCUGGUGGUGGAAAAGGGAAGGGUAGCAAGAAAAAAGGUUCCUCUUUCCAAACUGUGUCAGCUUUGCACAGGGUAAGGUUUUUUUUCAUGUACAAAUUUUAAAUAUUGGAAGCUCCCUCACACCACUACAGCUAUAAUUCUGUCUGGACCACUAUGGUCAAAGAGAAUUAUUAGUUGAAUGGAAAAAUUAUAUUUGUCCAUACAACUCUGAGAGUUCCCUGCCCUUCCACUUGCGCACUUGGAAAGGUGAUGACAUUGUCAAGAGCACCACAUACUUGUGUGACAGAGUAAUGGCAUAGUUAUGCAAAACUCUGCCAAAAUGCUAUUCAGUGGCGCAAUGUCUAUACUCGUAUUUCAAGUUUCUGGUCCCACAAAGUUUCUUCCAUGUAAUAGGUUGGGGAUCAGAUCAGGGGGGAUAAGAAAAGGCAGUUCUUACCCCCUACCUACAAUUGAGCUUUGGAUUUUUUUAGAUAACCACCAUAGCAAUGGUGAAUCAUGCUGGAUCACUAGCUCCAACAUCAGGCAAGUAUGGCAAACCUCAAGAAACCCAGGAGGGUGGCCCCCCAGCUGACACCAGGUCAAUGACCCUGCUAACAACUGUCAGGUGACACAGUUGUGAACGGCUCUGAGGUGACCAACUUUGGCCUAAGUCUUUUGGCCUCAACUAAAGAAAAGCCCUUUGAAAGAAAGGCGAAACAUCCUCCAGAACCUCAAACAAGUCCAGUUGCCCUUUCAACGAACGAUUGGACAACCAUGACCUGGAUGAAGGAUAACCUACACAGACGAUAAAUAGAGCUCCAGUUUUAAUCCUCAUCAGUUGGGUCACUAACAGAUAACUGGCUGUGCUGUCAGCAGAUAUGGUUUGGUGUCAACAAAGUUUAAAAAGCACCUCAUACUUUGUAUACUUUACAGGAGAACCUGAACAAGUUGAUGACCAACUUGAGGUCUACUCACCCUCACUUUGUGCGCUGCAUCAUACCCAAUGAGACUAAGACUCCUGGGGCCAUGGAGAACCCUCUGGUGAUGCACCAGCUGCGCUGUAAUGGUGUGCUGGAAGGUAUCAGGAUCUGCAGGAAGGGAUUCCCAAACAGGAUCCUCUAUGGAGAUUUCAAACAGAGGUUUGCUCAAAGAUGAUGAUACAUAAACACAUUCACAUCUAACAAUAAAAACAUACAUACAAGUUACACACUGACACUAUUUUAAAUCUGUGUCAAAAGAUACCGUAUUUUGAAUCCUAAUGCCAUUCCUGAGGGACAGUUUAUUGACAACAAGAAGGCUGCAGAGAAACUACUGGGCUCUCUUGAUAUUGACCACAACCAGUAUAGACUGGGGCACACCAAGGUCAGUUUGUCCAACCUUGAUUAACAUUCUUGAUUAAGACGUGUAUAUAUAUAUAUAUAUAUGUAUAUAUAUAUAUAUAUAUAUAUAUAUAUAUAUAUACAUAUAUAUAUUUAAAUAUAAGGUUAUCAUUAAAAUCUACCACCACAAAAAAGGUGUUCUUCAAAGCUGGACUGCUGGGUCUGCUGGAGGAGAUGCGGGAUGACCGUCUAGCUCUGAUCAUCACUGGCAUCCAAGCUCGGUCACGAGGUCUUCUGGCAAGAAUUGAAUUCCAGAAGAUCGUUGAACGAAGGUACCUAUGGCAAAACUCUGUACUGUCAAGGCAACUGUUAUUCAUAUAACCCUUCAUAACAAACAAUAAACUCUGCAUUGACUCAUGAAGGGUUAAAACCUAUAUAGAAGGUAUUGGGUGGUGUUUAUGACUGUUAUCAGUUACUGCUGUUUUGCAUUUGCAUUAGAAGGCUCUUCAGACAGUUCUUUUAUGUUGUCUGCAGGGAUGCAUUACUGGUGAUCCAGUGGAACGUUCGUGCCUUCAUGGGGGUCAAAAAUUGGCCCUGGAUGAAGCUGUAUUUCAAGAUCAAACCUCUGCUGAGAUCUGCUGAGACUGAGAAGGAGAUGGCCAACAUGAAGGAAGAGUUUACAAAACUUAAAGAGGCUUUUGCAAAAUCCGAAGCCCGCAAAAAGGAGCUAGAGGAAAAAAUGGUCACACUUCUCCAAGAGAAGAAUGACCUGCAGCUCCAAGUCCAAUCUGUAUGUUUGAAAUCUUGACUGCAUUUUUAAUCCCCUUUAAUCACAUUACACUUCUGUCUAAAACAUUGUUGUGUCACAACAACAGGAGCAAGAUAAUCUUUGUGAUGCAGAAGAAAGAUGUGAGGGGCUGAUCAAGAGCAAGAUUCAGCUGGAAGCAAAAAUCAAAGAGCUUACAGAGAGACUGGAGGAUGAGGAGGAGAUGAAUGCUGAUCUGACAGCAAAGAAGAGAAAGCUGGAGGAUGAAUGUUCAGAGUUAAAGAAAGAUAUUGAUGACUUAGAGUUAACCCUGGCAAAAGUUGAGAAAGAGAAGCAUGCCACCGAGAACAAGGUACCGUCAACUCUUAUUUAAUGUAAAAAUGCUUUGUGAGUUGGAAUUUAUAUCCAAGUUGAAGUCUCUGACAAAACUACUGGCCGCAGGUUAAAAACCUGACUGAGGAGAUGGCUGCUCAGGAUGAGAUCAUUGCUAAACUGACCAAGGAAAAGAAGGCUUUACAGGAAGCUCAUCAGCAAACACUGGAUGACCUGCAGAGUGAAGAAGACAAAGUCAACACUCUGACCAAGGCCAAAACUAAGCUGGAACAGCAAGUGGACGAUGUAAGAAUGGAGAAAAUUUCAAGAUCAGAUUGUUUUGUCUUUGACAAUUAAAACCUUAAACAGAUAUUCUUUGACUCCCACAGCUUGAAGGGUCCCUAGAGCAAGAGAAAAAAAUACGGAUGGACCUUGAGAGAGCAAAGCGGAAGCUUGAGGGAGACCUAAAGCUAGCUCAGGAGACCGUCAUGGACCUGGAAAAUGAUAAGCAGCAACUCGAAGAGAGGCUGAAAAAGUAGGAGAUUGCAAGAGAGUACACUGUAGUGACACAUAUUCAUGUAAAUUUUAUGUCAGCUAGUACAUAUUGAUUUUUUUCCCCUCAGGAAAGACUUUGAAAUCAGCUCACUCAUGAGCAAAAUAGAGGAUGAACAGGCAAUAAGUGCCCAGCUCCAGAAAAAAUUGAAGGAGUUGCAGGUGAUAUUUUCAAUAUGAUGAAGUUUAGACAACAAAUGUAUGAAUAUAACAUUUCUGCCCAGUACUUGUUUCUUCAACUCACACAAGGCUGUUAACUAAUUUUGUUUUAGGCCCGCAUUGAGGAGCUUGAGGAGGAGCUGGAGGCAGAGCGAGCUGCCCGAGCUAAGGUGGAGAAGCAGAGAGCAGACUUGGCCAGAGAGCUGGAGGAGAUCAGUGAGAGACUGGAGGAGGCUGGAGGAGCAACAGCUGCCCAGAUCGAGAUGAACAAGAAGAGAGAGGCAGAGUUCCUGAAGCUCCGCAGAGACCUUGAAGAGGCCACUCUGCAGCAUGAAGCCACCACUGCCACACUCAGGAAGAAACAGGCUGACAGUGUUGCUGACCUGGGAGAGCAGAUUGACAACCUGCAGAGAGUCAAGCAGAAACUGGAGAAGGAGAAGAGUGAGCUCAGACUGGAGCUGGAUGAUGUGGUCUCCAACAUGGAACAGAUUGUAAAAUCUAAGGUAAAAGGAUUUCAUCCAUGAUAUUUGUGUAUUGAUGGCCUGAUUAUUGCUUUACUCAUCAGUAAAACAAAAACCUCUUCAUUUCUAAAGAAGUUCAUGUGGCCUUGUGAAUGCUUUUGAUUUUCAGAAUAAUUUGGAAAAAAUGUGCAGGUCUCUGGAAGAUCAGAUGAAUGAAUAUAAAACUAAAGCAGAGGAGGGACAGCGCUCCAUCAAUGACUUCUCUAUGCAGAAAGCAAAACUUCAAACUGAAAAUGGUACAAAUUUCUUUGAUUGAGGAGCAUUCACUCUGAAAUAUACUGAAAACUUAAUGAAACCUUCUCUCACAUUAGCUGAACUUUCAAGGCAGCUUGAGGAAAAGGAUUCCCUGGUAUCUCAACUCACCAGAGGAAAACAGUCCUACACUCAACAAGUGGAAGACCUGAAAAGACAACUGGAGGAGGAAGUGAAGGUAACAGACUACUGACCAUGGUGCUUCAUCUAAAACAGUCCAAAUGAUCACGUUUAAACCUAUGCUUCAUUUCCACUUCAGGCCAAGAACGCAUUGGCUCAUGCAGUGCAGUCUGCCCGUCAUGACUGUGACCUGCUCAGGGAGCAGUUUGAGGAGGAGCAGGAGGCCAAGGCUGAACUCCAGCGUGGCAUGUCCAAGGCUAACUCUGAGGUGGCUCAGUGGAGAACCAAGUAUGAAACUGAUGCCAUCCAGAGGACAGAGGAACUGGAGGAGGCAAAGUGAGUCCAAAUUAUUUCCACUUUAACUCCUCUGCAAAAUUGAAAAGAAAGAGUCCUGACUAAAUUCUAUCAAUAUUCAGAAAGAAGCUGGCCCAGCGUCUGCAGGAUGCUGAGGAGGCUGUUGAAGCAGUGAAUGCUAAAUGUUCCUCUCUGGAGAAGACCAAACACAGACUGCAGAAUGAGAUUGAAGAUCUCAUGGUAGAUGUGGAGAGGUCUAAUGCCGCUGCUGCUGCUCUGGACAAGAAGCAAAGAAACUUUGACAAGGUAGACUCUAAAAUAAACACAUUAGUUCUUUAGUUCUGCUAUUCUUUGAACUAAGUGGGGACUGAGCAUAGUUGACAGCCAAACAUGCUCAUUGUUCAGAGACAAACAUCACUCAAACUACGAUUGGAUGGAAAUAUCAUGUGGAAGAAGAUGCCUUUAGGGUCUGCAAAUACAAAAAUUAAAAAUAAAGUGUCUGGACUGAGACGGUACCAUUGCACCACAUGUUCAUGAAACAUUUAGGCUUUUUUCUGGGUUAUUGAUCGUACAUUGUACAGAAGGCAAAACUAUUGUACAAAUACGGUAAUUAUCUAACACCUGGCAACCCUAAUGGCAUGUGAGUUGGUUACACAUCUAGCUUUGCAAUAUUUAUGCUGAACAUAUGCACACAUUUUUGAGCAAUGCACUCUGGACAAGGAAGAUCUUGCACAUUCAAGCAAGACAAUGCCCAAACACAUAUGUAAAAAGUAGAGGUGAUGCAACUCAGUGGUCAAUGGCUCCAGUCCCUCUUUUGAAAGAUGUUUAUGGCAUCAAAUUAAAAUCAAACCAGUGUCAUUGUAAAAAAAAAAAGCAUCUGAGAGUUUCAGAUUUGGAUAGGUUUUCUUUGCAUCAUUUUAAAGUUCAACAUAAAUUUAAAAGAUUAGGAAACCACAAAUGUCUGGUUUUUAACAGAAUUUUGAUCAAACUUUUUUGAGGUAUUCGUAUUUUAGAUAAUAACCCUAUAAUAUGCAUAUUUAAGGUCUUGGCAGAAUGGAAGCAAAAAUAUGAGGAGUCUCAAACGGAGCUGGAGAGCUCUCAGAAAGAAGCAAGGUCUCUGAGCACUGAGCUCUUCAAACUCAAGAACUCCUAUGAAGAAUCUCUAGAGCAUCUGGAGACCAUGAAGAGAGAGAACAAGAAUCUGCAGGGUAAGGGUAACCCCGAGUCCAUCUCUCUUAUAAAGUCAGUUUUCAAUCUUUGCUAAUGUAACGUUUGAUCUCUCAGAGGAAAUAUCUGACCUUACUGAACAAAUUGGUGAGAGUGGGAAGAAUAUCCAUGAGCUUGAGAAGAUUCGCAAACAACUUGAACAAGAGAAGUCUGAGAUUCAAACAGCUCUGGAGGAGGCAGAGGUACGCUGAAUGUUUGAAAGACAAGCUUUACAAAAUGAACAUCAUUUUUGGGGUUGGGAAUAUCUCAUCUCUCCUCACUUUUUUCUCCUCGAUGCCAUGAUAGGCCUCACUGGAACAUGAAGAAGGGAAGAUCCUCAGAGCUCAGCUGGAGUUCAACCAGGUCAAGGCUGAUAUUGAGCGCAAGCUGGCAGAGAAAGAUGAAGAGAUGGAGCAAGCAAAGAGAAACCAACAGCGGGUUGUGGAUACUCUUCAGAGCUCUCUGGAGUCUGAGACUCGCAGCAGAAAUGAGGCCCUCCGUCUGAAGAAGAAGAUGGAGGGAGACCUCAAUGAGAUGGAGAUCCAGCUUAGCCAGGCCAACAGGCAGGCAGCUGAGGCUCAGAAACAGCUCAAGGCUGUUCAUGCACAUCUGAAGGUAUGCUUAACAAUAAUUAGUAAGAGUCAUUGACACCUUGACACAAGACUUGCUCUAAAUCAUUGUCACACUUAUACAGGACACCCAGCUCCAGCUUGAUGAGUCUCUUCGAACCGGUGAUGAAAUGAAGGAGAACAUUGCCAUAGUUGAAAGACGCAACAACCUUCUUCUGUCAGAAAUUGAGGAGCUAAGGUCUGCUCUGGAGCAAACUGAGAGAGGUCGCAAACUUGCUGAGCAAGAGCUUCUGGAUGUCAGUGAGAGGGUGCAGCUGCUGCACUCACAGGUAUGUUGUAGUCCCUGGACCUGGCACUAUCAUUUGCCAUUAUUAACAACUCAAUAUGGAAUUGUAUGAUUUUAAUUGUACACCACCAGAACACCAGCCUAAUAAACCAAAAGAAGAAGCUGGAGGGUGAUACCGUCCAGCUCCAAACUGAAGUAGAGGACGCAGUGCAGGAGUGUAGGAAUGCUGAGGAGAAGGCCAAGAAGGCCAUUACUGACGCUGCCAUGAUGGCUGAGGAGCUGAAGAAAGAACAGGACACCAGUGCUCACCUGGAGCGUAUGAAGAAGAACAUGGAGCAAACCAUCAAAGACCUGCAGCACCGUCUGGACGAAGCUGAACAGAUCGCUAUGAAGGGAGGAAAGAAGCAGAUGCAGAAGCUCGAGGCCAGGGUGAGUGACAAUAAUAGUUGAAAUGUUUAAAGAAACAUUCAAUAACACCACUAAAUCCUUGAAAUCCUUAAAGCAAUAUCUAGAGGCAUCCAUUCUAUCACUUCCCGACAGAUUAGAGAACUGGAAAAUGAGCUAGAGGCUGAACAAAGAAGAUCCAGUGAAUCUGUCAAAGGAAUACGUAAAUAUGAGAGAAGAAUCAAAGAGUUAACUUAUCAGGUAUUUUUUAAUUUUUUUUUUCAACAAUAUCAUGUAUAUUUUUUUUUGUUAAUUAAACUUCCAACCUUUCUUUCUUUUGUUUUCAGACUGAAGAGGAUCGUAAGAAUUUGGCUCGCCUGCAAGAUUUAGUAGACAAACUACAGCUGAAGGUCAAAUCUUACAAGAAAACUGCAGAGGAGGCGGUAAGCUGUCAGGAAGUAUGAAAAGGAGAAGAAUCAAACAACUUGAUUUAAUUUUGAGACCAUUGCUCGAUGUCCCCCCUUCCCCAACAACUCAAAGCACUAUUUCAUCAUUUUUGCCCAUACCAUUAAAAAAAAACAAAAAAAAACAACCAACAUCUGGCACAUGAUGGGAUUGUGCUUUUCUUUUCUACAGGAAGAACAGGCCAACACUAAUCUGACCAAGUUCCGUAAACUUCAACAUGAGCUGGAUGAGGCUGAAGAGAGAGCGGACAUUGCUGAGUCCCAGGUUAACAAGCUUCGUGCCAAGAGCCGAGAUGUGGGGUCAAAGGUCAGUAAUUGAUUACCCCUCUUUUGGGAGGUACACAACAUACAUUGAGAAAAAAAGAUGGGAUUACGGAGAAACAUGUGUUUUAUUGUUUAUCUCUUGUUUCAGAAAGGACACGAUGAGGAAUGA